UUUAUCACCCUUACUUCAUGUUCUGCACGUCAGUAUGUCUUUGUGAAUGAGAACAAGACAUGGACCGAAGCUCAGAGUUACUGUAGAGAUAAAUACACUGAUCUGGCCACUAUUGAAAAUGAGCAAGAGACGAUCCAGUUACUCAACACAGUGAAUGACUUUAAUUCCAUUGAUCUGGCCUGGAUUGGACUUUAUGAUGAUAUGAACAGUUGGAAAUGGACUCUAGAGGACACCGAUUUCUUUAAAGGGGGAGAUAAACAGUUCAGAAACUGGUAUAACCCAGGACCUGGAAAUUAUGCAGAAAAUGUUUGUGUGUACAUGUUCGAUGGGAUAUGGAAUCCAACAUAUUGCUCCAACACAUAUAUUUUCAUCUGCUAUGAUGGAAGACAGAAUGCCAACGCUAGUUAUGUUUUGGUUCAUCAAUAUAAGAACUGGACUGAAGCUCAGAGUUACUGCAGAGAGCAUCACACAGAUCUUGUUAGUAUCAGGAAUGAAUCUGAAAACCAGGAGAUUCAGUAUUUUCUCCAAAAUAAUGACUAUUAUUCAGGUUGGAUUGGUCUGUACAGAACCAGAUCUUGGUCUGAUCAGAGUAACUCUACAUUCAGUAACUGGAUGUCAGGACAGCCAUAUAAUGCUGGAUACAAUAAUUACUGCACUGCUGUGUCCUUUACUGACUCUGGAAGUUGGACAAAUAAAAACUGUGAUAAUCAGUUAUCUUUCCUUUGCUACAGUGUGUCAUCUUUGGCAUCCUCCCGUCAGUAUCACUUUAUAUCUGUGAAUAAGACUUGGUCUGAAGCUCAGAGAUACUGCAGAGAGAAUUACACUGAUCUGGCCACCAUUGAUAACAUGGAUGAAAUGAACAGUCUGAUGAACACAGUUAAUGGAAGUUACAAUGGAUCAGCCUGGAUUGGACUGUAUUAUGAUGUGAACAGCUGGAGAUGGUCACUGGAAAACAAUGAUUUCUAUCAGGAAGGAGAGAGAGAAUUCAGAAACUGGUAUAAUGAACCAAACAACUAUGGAGGAAAUGAGCUGUGUGUUUAUAUGAAUUAUGCUGGCAAAUGGUUGGAUUCAUCAUGUGACAACGUCUUGGCAUUUGUUUGCUACAAUGAAAACAAUAACACAUACAUCAGAAUUAAUGAUAAAAGAAACUGGGCAGAUGCUCUUAGAUACUGCAGAGAAAAUUACACAGAUCUCGCCAAUGUGAGAAACAUGACUGAAAAUCAGAAGAUCCUUGAGAGAACUGGUGGUGAUGUCUGGAUCGGUCUGUACAGAAACAGGAUUUGGUCAAAUGGUCAGAUUACUAAAUAUCAAAACUGGAGAUCUGAAAUUCUUUCUUCACCAGGACAACCAGAUAAUGGUGCAUAUACUUAUGACCAGCAGGGUGACCAGCAGUGCACUGCUGUAUCAUUAGAAAACUUGGGCAGAUGGACAGAUGAGAACUGCUUAACUAACAUGCCAUUCGUCUGCUACAACAGAACGUGCACACAAUCUUCAUGCAGAUCCCAUCAGUAUCACUUUAUAUCUGUGAAUAAGACUUGGACUGAAGCUCAGAGAUACUGCAGAGAGAAUUACAUUGAUCUGGCCACUAUUGAUAACAUGGAUGAAAUGAACAGUCUGAUGAACACAGUUAAUGGAAGUUACAAUGGAUCAGCCUGGAUUGGACUGUAUGAUGAUAUGAACAGCUGGAGAUGGUCACUGGGAAACACAGAGUUGGGAGGAGGUUUUAAAAGCUGGUAUGUCCAGCAGCAAGUAAACUGGUAUGGACGGAGUUACUGUGUGUACAUGUCAUAUUACAGAGGAUUCUGGAAUGAAGGGUUUUGCUCCUCCCAGCUUAACUUUAUUUGCUAUGAUGGAAGACAGAAUGCCAGUGCAAAUUAUGUGUUCGUUUAUCAGUACAAAAACUGGACUGAAGCUCAGAGUUACUGCAGAGAGCAUCACACAGACCUUGUCAGUAUCAGAAAUGAAACUGAAAAUAAGAGGAUCACAUCUCUUAUACAGAAUUAUGAUUGGGUUUGGAUUGGUCUGUACAGAAGUCGAUCUUGGUCUGAUCAGAGUAACUCUACAUUCAGUAACUGGAGAUCAGGACAGCCAGAUAAUGCUGCAUACAGUGAAGACUGCACUGCUGUGUCAUUUAUUGAUGGGAAAUGGACAGAUGAAAACUGUGAUUUGUCUUUACCUUUCUUUUGCUACAAUGUGACAGUGUUAGGAUCAUCCCGUCAGUAUCACUUUAUAUCUGUGAAUAAGAGUUGGACUGAAGCUCAGAGAUACUGCAGAGAGAAUUACACUGAUCUGGCCACCAUUGAUAACAUGAAUGAAAUGAACAGUCUGAUGAACACAGUUAAUGGGAGUUACAAUGGAUCAGCCUGGAUUGGACUGUAUGAUGAUGUGAACAGCUGGAGAUGGUCACUGGAAAACAAUGAUUUCUAUCAGGAAGGAGAGAAAGACUUCAGAAACUGGUAUCAUGAACCAGACAACCUUUAUGGGAAUGAAUUAUGUGUUUAUAUGGAUAAUAAUGGAAAGUGGAAUGAUUUUUCAUGUGACAAUAAUUUCCCAUUUGUUUGUUAUAAUGGUAGAGAAAAUGCCUCUCAGAGUUAUGUUUUUGUACCUGAGGGAAGGACCUGGACUGAAGCUCAGAGAUACUGCAGAGAGUUUUACACAGAUCUGGCCAGCAUGAGAAAUCAAACUGAGUAUCAACAGAUCCUGAACAUUACACGUGAUAAUGGUUUAUAUGUCCCAGGACUGUGGGGAGCUCAACACUGCACUGCUGUGUCUGGAAAAUAUGUUGGUCAAUGGACAGAUGAAAGCUGUUUUGCCCAUUUGCCUUUCUUCUGUUAUGGUGUGGUGGGACUCAGACUGCAAGUUACAAGUGAAGAAAAUCUGUCAGAGUCUCAGAUUGAAGAGCUUGUGAUUAUACAAAAGACCAGACCAAACAUGCAGGAUCCUACCGAGUCCGUGACCAACCCGGCUCGCGAUCCGUUUGUGGAAUUGGUACAGGCAGUUUGUGAAUCACUACUACCCACUCCACCUAUAAAUCCACACUUGGUACCUGAAGAUAUCCUUCAUGCAGCACGCCACGCCAACGUUUCCCGUUAUAAGUAUCACUGCUACUAUGAAUACCAGGUCAUGCCCUUCGGACUCUCCAACUCGCCAGCAGUCUUUCAAGGUUACAUGAACAAAGUUUUCCGGGAAUACCUUAACAGAUUUGUUGUAAUCUAUAUUGACGACAUCCUCAUCUACUCUUCCUCCCUCGCUGAACAUCAACAUCACAUUAAACUAGUCUUGGAGAAACUUAGGGUAAACCAAAAUCACUGUCCUUGUCCCUGGAAGCGAAAUCAGCGUUCAACUUCCUUAAAGAAACCUUUCAGUCCGCACCAGUCUUGGUUCAUCCUAAUUCAGAUCUUCCCUUCGAUGCUUCCUCCACCGGAGUCAGAGCCAGCGGAGCAAAAUUAUGACAUUGAGAAUCAUGAACUGCUCGCCAUCAAACUAGCCCUUGACGAAUGGAGGCACUGGCUGGAGGGAGCUAACCAUCAGUUCGGAGUAAUUACUGUCCAUCGCAAUCUGAAAUAUCUCUGUAAAGCCAAAAGGCUGAACCUAGGGCAGGACCGUUGGGCUCUCUUUUUCACCCGCUUCAACUUCAUGGUUAUCCCUAUCAUCUGGGAUAUCGACAAACAGAUCAACCAGGAAAAGUACUUCAUCCCCCUCCGCCAGAGACCCCGGAUGGCCUCAUCUUCGUGGCCAAACACUUACGCACUGAACUUCUAA